AAGUUCAUGGUCUGUAAAAUUGUACAACAGUUCGUGUGAAACAGUCACAGACUGGCACUUGUGCGCGAUGGUCGAAGACAACACUCACAUAAUCAAAGGGUUGCCCCCUUUGGCCCCAAUCCCCGACACACCAAUCGGGAAACUGCUCUAUGACCAACUUUUAGCCAAUUGUGACAACAAUCCGGCUCUGAUUGACGCAAUGUCUGGUCAAACACUGACAUACAGAGAAUUACUCGACAAAACUUGCACUCUUGCCGAAAAUCUCCGAAAAUCGGGAUUUGGCAAAAACACAAACAUUGCCAUUUGUUGCCAAAAUUCAGUCGAUUUUUUUACUCCAAUAAUCGCAGCUUUGUACAUUGGGGCAACGGUGGUCCCAAUUAACCACAACUACACUGAAACGGAGCUUGGGCACGCUUUAAGGGUUGUAAAACCCCAAAUUAUUUUUUGCUCGGAAUUGACUCGACCAAAAUUUGCAAAACUGCAACAACGAUUCGACUUUUUGAUAUUUUUGAUUGAAAAUUUGCCCCGAAAUGGCUUGUAUCGGUGCUGUUUGGAAGAAGUGGAUGUUGGGGAUCAUGUGGCUUUUAUUUUGUUUUCUUCGGGGACCACUGGGUUGCCCAAGGGGGUGAUGAUCACGCACAGGAAUGUCCUGACUCGUUUCGCACACGCUGACGACCCUAGAUUAGUUUUGAGGAAGGAUGGGCAGUCAAUCCUGGGAUUACUCCCUUUUUUCCACGCUUACGGCCUUUUUGUCUCCUUGGCGUGCAUCCAGAAACGCGUCAAAAUCAUCGUUUUGCAAAAAUUCGACGAAAAUAUUUACCUCCAAAGCAUCGAAAAGUACAAAAUUACUAGCCUCACCCUAGUCCCUCCUUUAGCGAUAUUUCUCGCCAAAUCGCCCCUUGCAGCAAAAUACGACUUAUCAAGCGUCCAGGAAGUGGGCUGUGGGGCCGCACCUCUUAGCAAAAAUAUCGAAGAACUUUUAAAACGCAGGUUGAAGAUAAGCAACAUCACGCAAGCCUAUGGCUUAACUGAGACCACUUUGGCUGUGAUGGGUGUGCCCACAGGGGAGACAAAACCCGGAUCUUGUGGCAAACUCUACCCCCACCUUUUGUGCAAAAUCCGGGAUCCGGAAACCCGGAAAUCGCUCGGACCCAAUCAAGUUGGGGAACUGUGCGUCAAAGGGCCCAUUGUUAUGAAGGGCUAUUACCGGGAUGAGGAGGCCACCAAGGGCGCGUUUACGAGCGAUGGGUGGUUGUUGACUGGCGAUCUGGGGUAUUAUGACCAUGAUGGGUAUUUUUUUAUCACGGGACGGUUGAAAGAACUGAUCAAAUAUAAAGGAUUGCAAGUGCCACCGGCUGAGCUGGAAGCGAUACUUUUGACACAUCCCAAAAUUAGGGAUGUUGGGGUUAUUGGGAUUCCGGAUGAGGAGGCUGGAGAGCUGCCUUUGGCUUUUAUUGUGAGAAAUGAGGAUGAUUUGACUGAGGAUCAAGUCAAAAGUUUUCUGGAUGGCAAAGUUUCGCCACAUAAGAGGCUCCGAGGUGGCGUUAUUUUCCUUGAGGAAAUUCCCAAAAAUCCCAGUGGGAAGAUUCUUAGGAGGAAACUGCACGAAUUAUUUCACAGAUACAUUCGGUCUAAAUUAUAAAAUAUUAGAACACAUUGUUUUGUGCUUAAUUAUUUGAUAAUAAAGUGAUAUUUUAAUUGUU